CCCCUUUCCUUAAGCCAAUGUCAUUUUCUUCUCUUUCUCUCUCUCUUGUUAAUCUCCGUUUUCCAGUUUCAAUUUCGGAAUUCAGAACCCAAAAUCUUUCCUUUGGAUGAAUGAAUCUUCUUCUAUGUAAAGUUGUAUAUUGAAGUUUCCACUUUUUUUUUUCCGUUUUUCCCGCAAAAUCCUUUCAUGCUCCGUUGUGUAUAGCUAGCUAAGCUAAGCUAAUCGGGGUGUGUCUUCUCUUCCCUUUUUGACUUGCGUACUUUUUUUCAACACAGUUCUUCUAGGGUUUUAUGAUUUUUCUCUUCUCUUCUCUUUCCGUAGUUAGUCGCUUUAAUCAUGGGGGGAUGUGAUCGUGAAAGUCUGUUGCCUCGAUCACUCUGCUUCUAGAUCACUUUUAUUUCAAAAACAAGGCCAAACUUUUCCCCUUUCCUUGGAAUCCGAUGAUUCUCACUUUUAACUUAUCUUCCUCAUCAUGAUCGUCGUCAGACUCUUCUAGGGUUUUUCUUCUGAAUCCGCCUUCUUCUCUCUACCCUUUAAUUUCCACGACUGAAGUUUCUUAACCCUUCUUCUUCUGCUGCUGCUUCUUCUUCUUAUGGCUUAUCAACAGUCACCUAUUCCUGGUCCGAGUUCUGGAUCGAGUUCGAGUUCAGGGCUUCAGUAUUUGAACUCUCCGUUUGGAGAUACGACCUACACCAAGGUCUUUGUUGGAGGACUCGCGUGGGAGACGCAGAGCGAGACGAUGCAUCGUUAUUUCGAACAGUUCGGUGAGAUUCUGGAGGCGGUUGUCAUCACCGAUAAGAACACCGGCCGAUCUAAAGGCUAUGGUUUUGUGACUUUCCGAGACCCGGAAUCUGCUAGAAGAGCUUGUGUUGAUGCAGCUCCAAUUAUUGAUGGUAGACGAGCCAAUUGCAAUCUUGCUUCUCUUGGGAGACCCAGACCUACCUUGAAUUUCGGAAGACCUAGAUUUUCAAGUCCUUAUAAUUUGGGAAGGGCGCCAGCAGGUGUUAGAGGAGGAGGAGGUGGGGGCUUUGUCAGAGGUUUAGGUUAUCAGCAGCAACAACAACCAGUUUCAUUUAGCAGCAACUAUCAACAAGGAUUGAAUAUGUAUCAUCCUCCCUAUGGUUAUGGCUAUGGCUAUGGGUAUGCAGCUUAUAAUCCUGAAUACAUCUAUCCACAGGGUGGUGGUGGCAGUUACAGCAGCAGCAACAACAACAGCCCUUACAUAGGGGUGGGGGCAGGGGGUCAACAACAGUAUGUACAGAUGAUAUAUGGGUUGGGGGGAGCAGUUAACCAGCCAUCAUCAAUCUACACUUAUAAUAAUAAUAAUAAUAACCAAAGUAUUAUUCCUGGUGGUGGUGGUCAAGGGUAUUAUAAUACAGUUCAAGGUUAUAGCAUUCCUCCUCCUCACCAGGUUUUGCAAUAUGGAGUAGGAGGAACAAGUCUUAAUGCUUCAUCAUCAUUGGUACCAACACCCUAUCAUCAUCCCACAGCAGCAGCUGCAGGUAUCCUCCCAGCACAAGUGCAAUUGAUGGUCCCUCCUCCUCCUAGUCAUCAUUCUCCCAGUACUCAGUUCGUUCAACAACAAGCUAACAACAACACUUCUGACAAGAACAGCAGCAGCAGCGACGGGUGAGAACUCUCUUAUCGUGGUGGGGACUGAUUGCAGCAGUAGCAGCAGCAGCAGGACUAAGAUUUAUCAGGGUACUGCUACUACUACUAGCACACUCUUCUCUUGAGUGGCUGGCUGACUGGCAUGCUCUGAUAUUUAUUUAGCCUUGCAACUAAAAUUCACUUUGCUUUCUAAAGGAAUAAAAGAUUAUAUAUAUAUAUAUUAUAUAGGGGAAGUCUCGAGGGAAGAUGUGAGGAUGAUAUGGCUCUCUCCUUUCGGUUCCUUCAUUAUUACCACCACCAUUAUUACCAUUCAUAUCUAUUCUGUGUAUAGUUUCCAAGUGUCAUGGCUAAUUGAUCUUCAUCAUUGUCGUGUUGUCGUCCUCAUAGUGAAAUGGGUGAAGGGAUAGGUUCCCAGCUACCCACAUUAGGAAUAAUAAGAAGGUAAGUUUUAUGUAUGUAUGUAAAUAGGAAUGGAUGGAGGAACAUUUGAUUCUUUCAGGAAUGGUAACUGGUAUCUGUAGAUAAAUUUGUAAUCCAGUUUAUCAUGUCCUUCCUUCUCUCAUGUCAUUUGUACAUAUAAUAAUAACAUCAACACUUUUCAGUUAAUUCUGUCAUUUGGGUGA